GUAAUACUGGAGCCAAUGCAGGAACUGAUGUCAAGACAUAAAACUUACAAUCUAAGUCCUCGAGACUGCUUGAAGACUUGCUUGUUUCAAAAAUGGCAGAGGAUGGUGGCCCCACCAGCAGAACCCACAAGACAACCGACAACCAAGCGGAGGAAAAGGAAAAACUCUACCAGCAGCACUUCCAACAGCAGUGCUGGGAACAACGCAAAUAGUACCAACAGCAAGAAAAAGUCAGCUGCUGCAAACCUGAGUCUAUCAAGUCAGGAUGUGAUGGUGGUAGGAGAACCAACUCUGAUGGGAGGCGAAUUUGGGGAUGAAGACGAAAGGCUUAUCACUAGAUUAGAGAAUACACAGUAUGAUGCAGCAAAUGGCAUGGAUGAUGAAGAAGAUUUCAACAAUUCACCUGCACUGGGAAAUAACAGCCCGUGGAACAGCAAACCUCCUGCUAACCAGGAGACUAAAUCUGAAAACCCCACACCACAAGCUUCCCAAUAGGCUAUUCCGCAGCAGCACCCACUGCAAUGUGUGUCAGUGGGUUAUUAGUUACUGUUUCACAGCAUUCUUAAAAAAAACACAUUUAAAAAAACACCUUUCAACGAAUACAGUAUCUAUUUCUAAACUAAAGCUAUCUGAUUUUUUUUAAUUAGGGAAAACUCUUGUAUAAGCUUCCAUAUACAUUUCUUGGAAGCAUUCACAUACAACAUGAUACUGGCACUGACCUCAAUUAAAAUAAUUGAAAUUUAAAUAGCAUCUCAUGGCAAAUUUCCGACAAUGCAUUUUAUCGGAAGGGGUUGGUUUUUUCCUCAUCAAACAAUGGCCAUAUUUUAACAAGUCAUCAGUGCUCAGGAUCUCAUUAACGUAACUAUGUAAAACUUUUUACAAUUGUAAUAUA